UGAAAGUAAGUUGGAAAAAUGGAGUUUCGACCAAACAAACGCAUUAAACUAAGUAGCCAAAAGGGUCCAAGUCCCCUUGAUCUCGCAAGAACGUACUGCCAGAAUUACGUUGAUCCACCAGGUUUUGAAGUAAAAACCGUCAAUGAUGUCAUAGGCGAAGGAGUCUUUGCCACUAAGCCUUUUAAAAAAGGAGACUUUCUUCUCGAAUACAAGGGGGAUCUGAUAACACGAGUAAAACAUGCACGGCAAUUAGAAAAGGAGUAUGAAAAGGAGGGUCAAGGCAGCUUCAUGUACUUUUUUAAAUACAGAGACAAAUCUUGCUGUAUUGACGCUACCAACGAUAUAUUUCAUGAGGGUCGAAUGAUAAAUGAUGCCGAAAAUGGAGACGCAAAACAAAAUUGUGUAAUGAAAAUAGUUGAAGUCAACCAAACUCCCCAUCUAUGCACUUUCGCCGACAGAGACAUUGCAAUUGGCGAGGAACUCCGAUAUGAUUAUGGAGUACCAACACUUCCAUGGAGAAAGAAAUGCACGAAGCAAAAAAUGGGCAACCCAAUGACUACUAGAUCUACGGACAGCCAGGAACCAGGACAAACAACAUCCAUACACAGGGAAGAAGUCAAUGAGACGAAAUGCACGGAACAAAAAAAGGGCAACACAAUGACUACUAGACCUACGGACAGCCAGGAACCAGGACAAACAACAUCCGUACACACGGAAGAAGUCAAUGAGACGAAAUGCACGGAACAAAAAAAGGGCAACACAAUGACUACUAGAUCUACGGACAGCCAGGAACCAGGACAAACAACAUCCGUACACACGGAAGAAGUCGAUGAGACGAGUACCGAAACUAAAGCACAUAGCGACACUGCACAAGAGCACAAUUCACAAGAUGCAGCAGAAAAUAUGCUGAACAGUGAAUCAUCGGAUAUCGAUGAUAGUGACAAUGACAAAGAUUAUAUUCCGGAAGAAGGCGAUGCAUCGUCAGAUGAGUCGGUAGCUGUUGACAUAAUACCAAACAUUCAAAGAUUUCUAAAGACGACAGCGUCAACACUACCUCCUGUUGAAUCCGUGCAAUCUCGGGAACGGGACGAUUCAUCUGCAGAGGCACACAAAAACAAAAUCACCAUCGCUCAAACAAAUAACAGUGAAUACAGACAUUACGAUAAGAAAUUUUAUUGCAUGUUUUGCGAAAAGGCUCAAACAAAACUAAAAAAACAUUUGCUUUCGCAGCAUAAAGAUGAACAAGAUGUGAAAGAUCUAUUAAAUACGGAAAAUUCAGCAGAAAAUAAAAAAAUGUAUGAAAAAAUAAGGAACGUUGGGAAUCAUCUCCAUAAUGUUAAAGUAUUGCGAGAUGGCCAAGGACAGCUGUUUGUGUCAUACAGACAACGUCACAAUCAACGCGUAGCUGCAGACGAGUAUGGACCUUGUCCUUACUGUUACGGGUAUUACCCGAAGAAAAUCCUGUGGAGGCACAAUAAAAAAUGUAAGUUUGCAAAUGCAGCGGGAUCAAGAAAACGACUCGCUUUAGAGAGCAGCCUGCUAUUACCAAAAUCAAAAGAAGGAAGCACUAUUUUAAGACGUGUAAUCGAGUCCAUGAGAAACGACGAAAUAAGUCGCAUAGUAAAAAGUGAUAAUACAAUCCUUGCAUUCGGUGAAAAACUCUGUACAAAAAGGGGCCAUGAUGAAGAGCAACACAAUUAUAUUAGACAGAAGUUAAGAGAAGUUGGUAGAUUGCUGAAAGACAUGCGAUCUUGUUCAGGCAAUGUUGAAAAGUCUUUGGAGAAUUUCAUGUAUCCAGAUGCUUUCAAAUUUAUUACACAAUCUUGCAAAAACGUUGCAGGCUUCGACGGAAACACCAAUACUUAUGCUACACCAUCAUUAGCCUUAAAGAUUGGCACAACGCUUCAGAAAUGUCUAAAAAUUCUAAUUUCGAAAGGAAUCGAAACAAACAAUCGGGAUCUGCAAACAAGGGCUGAGGAGCUUUCCAAACUAUUUGAAAUUAAUUGGACGGAUGACGUGUCUUCCAAUGCCUUAAGAACACUUCAUGAGGCUAAGCAGAACAGUCAGAAAGGACUGUUGCCAUUGGCAAAUGAUGUCAAAGUAAUGUCUGAAUACUUACGACAUGAAGCAGAAACACAUGCAAAUACCUUACAAGGAUCAGCAAGUGAUUGCGAGAAAAGGCAAGCAUGGCAUAAGUUGUCUGAAAUCUGCUUGUGCCAAACUAUUCUGUUUAAUCGAAGACGAUCAGGCGAGGUGUCAAAAAUGACAGUCGAAGAAUAUUCAAAAAACAAAUUGACAAAUGACGAUGGAGAAUUAGAUGGAUGUUUAACAAAACUGGAAAAAGACCUGUGUCGUUAUUUUUACCGUACAGAGAUUAUUGCAAAACGAGGUCGAAUAGCUGCAGUACUUUUUCCAAGACAGGUGAAAGAAAAUAUCGACCUCCUCAUACGCAGCAGAAAUUCUCUAACAAACUGUUUCAAUAGUAAAUAUCUUUUCCCAACAAAAUCUGCAUCAUCGCAUAUUCGUGGGACAGAUGUAUUACGUUCAAUUGCAAUUGACUGUGGAGCUGAACAUCCGGAAAGGCUUCGUUCUACAAAGUUAAGGAAACAUAUUGCCACAAUGACUCAGCUUUUUAACUUGUCUGAAAAUGAAUUAGACAUUCUAGCUAAAUUUCUUGGUCACGACAUUCGGGUACAUAGAGAAUUCUACAGAUUACCAGAUGGAACCAUGCAGGUUGCCAAAGUCAGCAAGCUGCUCAUGAUGAUGGAAAGUGGACAAAUUACCAGAAAUUCUGUCAAUUCGCUAGACGAUAUUGAUGUUGACGACGAAUGUAUUGAAGAUGAACAAUAUUCUUCUGAAUCAUCCGAAAAUGAAAAUAGUGAGGACCUUGAAACUCUGCUUCCCAGCACCAGUCAACCAAAAAUAACAGACAAAGAAAAGGGUACUUCAAAUACCAGGAGAACAAAACAAGCAGCCAAAAAGCAAUGGAGUGAAAACGAAAAAGGAGCUGUUCACAGACACUUAGAUCGUUUUUUGAUAAUGGGUAAAUUACCAGGGAAAAAAGAAAUACUUGCAUGUAUUGAAAGUGAGAAUGACCUUCACAACAGAAGUUGGAAAAAUGUCAAAGACUUUUGCAGAAAUUUAAUUGAAACAAAAAAGCGACGGGGACUUUUAACUUAAAAAAAUACUACACAUAUAAUGCACGUUUAGGAGAAUACGUUAAAGGAUGAAGUUGUCACAUGUGUUUUGUGUGUUUUCUUGUUCUAUAUACUCUUUUCGAAAACGAUAUAUGUGUGCUUAUUGUAUUUAAAUGUUUUAUUAAUACGGUUCAGUCAAAAACGAUAUUUGUUCAUAAUCAUAUCGCCGAACAAAUUAGGAUUGGUAUAUAGUUCGGCCAUAGAGUGUUUCUUUGUACUUUCUAUUACGAGUUUCUACGAGUUUCUCACUAUACAAGUUAUUUUUUACCCCAAACUUGGUCAAUAUGAAUGAAUAUAGCAAACAUGAUAACAAAUCAAUCUAGAAGGCUAAACGUUCAGAGAAGGCACAAAAAUUUAGUCGGAUAACUGGAAACAAACAUUUUGUUCAAGCAUAACAAACAAACACUUUUAGAUGUAAUAAGAUAAAUGUAAAUAACAUAAAAAACUACUGCUAAACUACUGCUUCAAUGUGAAGAAUACAAAUGAAUAUUUUGUCAAUUUUACAAAAUUUGUUUUGAAUGACAGGUGCCUGACUUGCAGCUGAGUACUUAAUAGUUAUUUUAAAGUAAAAAUUUACCAAUAUGUAAAUUAUUGCGUAAAUAUCGCACUAGAAUUGAUAAAAUAGUUGUUAAAUAUUACAACAAUUUCCUACACAUACUUUUGUGCAUUUGUUUUGCGUGUAGAUAUUCACAUUAACUAUCAAUUCACAUACCCAUUUCCCAGGCUAAGAUAUUGUUAAAACAAUGUAUCGCGUUUGCGACUGACCUCUUUUAUGCAUUCUAACACAAGCUAUUUACUUGUUUUUUCGAAUACUCUGCAUAUACACACACUUGAACAAGCUGUAGAUAACCUAGAACAAAACAUAUUUGAAACAUAUAUUUAUAUGUGAUAUGUAAAUGCAUGCACAAAGCUAAUAAUUAAUCAUGUUUAUACACUUUGCGAUAUUAUGCUAUAAUGUCGGUUGUUUUAAGUGAUUAAUCAUUAUGUUAACCAUGUUAUCUGCCAUCUGGAAUGUAAUUAAGUGUUUUGACAUGUAUGCGAAAUUGAUCUUGUUCGAUUUGGUGCGGUAUAUUCAGAAUUGAGUCACACUGUUAUAAUUUUCCUGUUGGUACAUAUUAUUUUUAAGUUGGCACCAACAAGGGUCUAACAAUUGAUCCACAUGUGCACUCCCCAGUAAGAAUAUAUACUAUAAUGUAAGUGAUUUAAAAUAAUAUGUAACUACGUGUUUGAUAAGUGUUUGCUUUGGUACAUAUUUAAUUAUUAGUGUUUUUAUAUAAUGAUAAUGCUGUCAAAGUCAGCGGUGCUUAUACGUGUAUAACAACAUUAAUUAUAACUUUUAUAUGGUUUUCUAAUAAUAAUACAUGGUUGACACAUCGGCAUAAAUUUUCAGUGCUUAAAAUACACUCUUUCUAUUAUAUUUUAUGCAAAAAUUAGCUACAUAAGUUGGUUUACAUAAAGGUAGUUUGAACAAAAUACGUGAAUUCAAAUCUUGAAAAAAGGUGUUUGGUUUGCAAGGGAAAACUAAGCGAUUGCCAGUGACUAUUUUCCUUAAAAUAUAAGCUGUUAUUUCGACAGGUAGAAUUAAAUGUAAGUUCAUUAUUAACGUUAACCCGUUUUUGGCAUUCUCUACUCAAACAAGUGCAUACAUACUGUAUUAUUUUAAUACAGCACAUGUGUAAUGGUAUCACAGUUGUAGAAUUGGAAUUCAUAUAUUAUAACAAUAAAUACUGAUCAUUAUUCAGAUUGACCUACCGCCGUAGACUAAGUCACUGGCGUAUCAAAAUGCAUUGUUAUCAAGUCGUUUUGCUAGUUUACUAAACUAUUUUGUUUCUCAGGCCUCGCCACAUUCGUUGUGAAAAGUUCAUGAUUGUUUAAAGUUACAGAUUUUAUUAUUUUUGAAAAUGCAAUUAGUGUAUUUAAGACAAUUUAAGUGAAGUGGAAGUUGCCAUGCGUGUGAAUGAAUUUUCUGAUGUUUACCUGUUUCAGGGGAUUAAAUGCAUGAGUUAUUUUAUAAUGUCAGAGUAAGGACAAAGUAAAUUUACACUACUCAAUCUACAUGCAUAUGGACAGUUCUACUUUUAGGAUAAAAAACUUCAUAGUACGUGAAAAUCGUGAAUAUUUUUUUCUGAUGGACACAAGGAAUUAAACAAAUAAGCCGCCUCCCCCUCUCCUUCAUUCGGUUUAACAAAUAGCGUGGCCUGAAAAAAAAUAACAUUAUUUUUUUGUUUUAAGAACGAAUUGUAUUCAUUUGUUGUUUAAUUGCACCAUGAUUGUUAUGGUAUAAUGCAGCACUUGCAUGCUUGUAGUCGGCUUAUAGCUAAUAAAGUCAUAAAUGUAUUGUUUGAUUUGCGUUAUGUCUCUUAUGCUUAUUUUGAUGUGAAUAAUAUUUGAGUCAAUCAAAUGAGGCAUUUUUGUAGAACUUAUAUAAGGUCAUAUAAUAAACAUAUUUAAUUUAAA